GCGUAAGCUGGUGGAGCUUGCCAAACUGCAGCUCCCGGGCUUGCUCCCACGCCGCAACUUUCCGGACGAUGGACGUCAGCGCUUGACGCCCUUGCGGCGUCGCCCGGUCCAUCGUCGUUGUUUUGAAGUACAGCAGGACUCGGCCGUGGAAGCGGCCUGGAGUCCGGAGGAGCUCGCGCUGACUUUCCCGGUCUCUGCCAGUACUGGUGGUUUGAACAACCUGGCACAGCACCGUGUCGGCUACAUUGAGGGUCUCCUACGAGUCCUCAACCCCGACGUCCAGUGCUUGAGCCGCGUCGACCCAGA